AUGUUUUGCCGGAGGUUGUUUACAGGUGCAGUGUGCAGAUUUUCACCGAAGUCGCCUUCUGUCUUCUCCGGAAAUGCGGUGAACCAGUUGCGCCGCUUGACUACCGUCAGAGUCAAUAAAGCACCGCUAUACCAGAAAUUAGUUAGCCAGAAGUGUUUUCAACGUUCAUUUUCGGCUUCCAGUUUGCUCAAAGAGGCAGCUGCUGUUUCAAGUCCUCCCAAGACUUUAUUAAACUCUUCCAAAUGGGUCGGUUACUGGCUAAUUGGUACAUCUGGUCUUGUUUUUGGUAUUGUUGUGCUUGGAGGGCUAACCAGAUUGACUGAAUCCGGGCUGAGUAUCACAGAAUGGAGACCUGUAACUGGUACUUUACCGCCUAUGAAUCAACAAGAAUGGGAAGAGGAGUUCGAGAAGUAUAAAGAAUCUCCUGAAUUUAAGCAACUGAACUCUCAUAUCGAUUUGGAUGAAUUUAAGUUUAUUUUCUUCAUGGAAUGGAUUCACAGACUAUGGGGGCGUGCAAUUGGUGCAGUCUUCCUAUUCCCUGCCGUCUAUUUCAUGGCAACUAGGAAGACAUCCGGGCGUGUGAACAAAAGGCUAGUAGGUCUUUUAGCUCUACUGGGAUUUCAAGGUUUUAUUGGUUGGUGGAUGGUUAAGUCUGGUUUAGACCAAGAGCAAUUGGAGGCUAGAAAAUCUAAACCUACAGUUUCUCAGUACAGACUAACGACUCAUUUGGGUACAGCGUUCUUACUAUACUUGGGAAUGAUAUGGACCGGUUUUGAAAUUUUGAAGGAACGCAAAUGGGUUCAAAAUCCUGCCAAAGCACUAGAAGCUUUCAAACUUUUAGAUUCCAAAGCGCUUGGACCUGCAAGAAGAUUAUCAUUGGGACUCCUAGCUUUGUCUUUCUUAACUGCAAUGUCCGGUGGUAUGGUCGCGGGUCUAGACGCCGGCUGGAUUUACAACACUUUCCCUAAGAUGGGUGAUACUUGGGUACCAAGCUCUCGUGAACUGAUGGACCCUAACUUUGCUCGUAAGGAGGAUAAGAGUGAUUUAUGGUGGAGAAACAUGCUAGAAAACCCAGCAACUGUUCAAUUAAAUCAUAGGAUCCUCGGUAUUACAACGUUUUGUGCGGUGUUGGCGGUACACUCCUACUGCAGCAGAAGAAAGGCUGCGGUGCCUAAGAUGGCAGAUCGUACAAUCAAAGCUAUGAUGGGUAUUGUCACUAUGCAAGUUGGACUAGGUAUUGCGACAUUGGUUUACUUGGUUCCUAUAUCUUUGGCAUCGAUCCAUCAAGCGGGUGCGUUAGCGUUGUUCACGAGUGCUAUCAUCUUUGCAGCUCAGCUAAGAAAACCUAGAGUUCCUAUGAAGAUUUUGGUCAGCGGGCUCUAUGUCCAACAGUCCAAGCAGGCAGGCAGUAAGAUCCUGUCGGAAGCUUCCAAGCUUGCCAAGUAA